UUUCCUUUCCCGCCCUAAUACUGAAGACGCUUUCGAAAAAGAAGCAUUUAAUAUUUCUAACUUCUCAAAAUGUCUCAGCCGAUCGCCGUGGACAUUCUCUCCGACGACGAUGACGCUGUCAACAGCGCCGAUUAUUUCUCCGUCAACCAAAACGACACCGUUGAUCUAUCGACGCCACUGGCAAUUCCGUCCAAGAAGAAGCAAAAAAUUGAGGAGUCGAGUACUAAAUUGAAGCCCCCAGUCCUCAUCAUCGACGAUGACGAUGACCCGACACCAUUUAAACCCUCAAAGUCCACUCCUUUAUUUGUCGCUGAUACCCCAUUAUCUGAUUUUUCCAAACCCGAAGUCUCAUUUGUUAAAUGCUCAUUUGGUUCCUCUUCAAUUUUGAACCCUAAGUUUUCCGGUCUUGAUUUGACCCCAUCCAUGGUUGCUGAAACACCGGCAUCAGAGCUUUCAAAGUAUAGUGUCCCCAUAGUCAGAUGUACUAAAGCUAUUACUGUUUCACAGAAUUGCUCUUCGUCAACUUUAGACCACAAAAAUGAUGGCGGAAUUGAUGGACUAAUUUGUUUGGAGUCUGAUAAUGAAUCUGAGGAUAGUGGUAAGCUUGUUUCCUGGAAUGAGGAGGAGAAAGUUUGUUCCACUAAGGCAAUUGUAAAGGAGACAGAAUUGAGCUCCAGACCUUUUAAGUCCACAAUUUCUCUUGGUUAUACAACUGAGACGAAAAACUGUCGAACAGUUAAUGACAAUUUUAUGCUCACGGCAGAGGAUGUUUCUCAUCGAUAUUUGGUUGAAGCUGGUCCUUCUCUGGACCAUGGUCAUCCUGACGACGAAAGUGAUAUUUUGGAGUUAAACGAUGACAUCUCAAGACCGAGAGGUAAAGGCAAAGGCAAGAAAAGUAACAGAAGCAGUGUAGAUGAAGUAACAGGGAAAACGAGGAUGUCAAAGGAUGAACGCUUUCGCCUAAAUGAAGAAAAGAAGCAGCAGAAAGAGCGAGAGAAAUUGCAAAAGGCGGCCCAGAAGGCUGAAGCUGCAGAGAUAAAAAAGCGAGAAAAGGAAAAGGAAAAGUGGGAAAAGGGAAAGUUUGCCCUUAAGUCUAUUGUAGCUCACAUUGACACCAAAGUUGUGGAACUAGGAUCGAUCGGAGGUCAUUUGCUAUCAAGGCUUGCGGAAAAAGGUCUUUCCUUCCGAGUUUCAUCAAAUCCAAUUGAAAAGUCUAUUGUGUGGUCAAUGAGUGUUCCGGAGGAAAUAUCGAAGAUUUCAUCAGAAGUUAUCAAAGUUCCAUAUAUAUUAAUCAUAUGUGAGGCCGAGGAGUUUUGCGACCUCGUGAAUAGCGAAUCAUUGAUGAGUCAUGUUUCCCGUGUUCAACGCCUUUAUCCUCUUCAUACAGUCUGUUAUCUCACAAACAAGCUAAUGGCAUACAUCAACAAAAGGGAACAAGGUCAAUACAAGGACCCUGCCAAUCAUAUUGGUUGGAAACGGCCACCUAUAGAGGAGGUUCUAUCCAAGUUAACAAUUAAUUUCGUUAAGGUGCAUUCAAGACAUUGUGUUGAUGAAGCUGAAUUAGCUGAACAUGUAGCUGGGCUGACUUACAGCUUAGCUUCUUGUCAGUUUAGAAACAAAUUAACAAGACUAUCUGUCAAUGCAAAUGGUUCUCUUAUUCCCAAGAGUUGCGUUGACAAGGACAUGAUAAAAAAAAGCCCCUGGUUGAAAGCAUUGGUGGCUAUUCCAAAGGUUCAGCCUCGAUUUGCCAUUGCCAUAUGGAAGAAAUAUCCCACAAUGAAAUCUCUUUUGCAUGUUUACAUGGAUCCAAGUAAAUCGGUACAUGAGAAAGAAUUUCUGCUGAAAGAUUUGAAAGUCGAAAACAUGUUGGGUGAUGAUAGAAAAUUGGGAGAGAUCUGUUCAAGGAGAGUAUACAGAAUAUUGAUGGCUCAAUCUGGAAGCAUCAAGACAGAUGACAUUGAAAAAGGAGCCGAUUUCUUCAGCUAGCAUUCUGCUGAAUAAUCUUUUUUCUUUGUUGAGGUUAUCGAUUGUGACACGUAUAUUUUGCGUGCAUCUUGACUAAUUUGACUAAUUCACUGUUUAACCUAUCCAGCCAACAAAGCACAGGUUGCCAAAGUAAUCAUGCCCACCAAGAUUGGAGCAAAUGGGCUACUGGUUGGAGCAAAUCUCAUCUAAGAAUUCCCUUUCUAAAAAGAGAAUUAGUAUAUUCAUUGUAUAUUUCAAUUGGUUGCCGUAAUAGUAGGUAAAGAGUUGGUGUUAACUGCAUUGAAAUGAUAGCUUAGCUGUUCUCUUUAAUUGUUCUAUAUUCUGAAAGGAGUUCCUUGCAUUUACCAAAGAUGUUUAUUUUUGAUUUAGUUGAUUAAAUUUAAACACUGCUAUUUGUUCA